AUGGCGGAUGAAUUCUCUGGGAAAAUUGAAAGCAAAGGGCUCAACCCGGGACUGAUCGUUCUUCUUGUGAUUGGAGGGUUGCUAGUGACGUUCCUUGUGGGAAACUUCAUACUCUACACAUACGCGCAGAAGAAUUUGCCUCCGAGGAAGAAGAAGCCGGUUUCCAAGAAGAAGUUGAAGAAAGAGAAGCUGAAGAAAGGCGUUCAAGUUCCUGGCGAGUAGUUUUUUCUUCUUGCUAUCUUUAGUUGAGUUUAUCCUUGUGCUUGCUCACUUUGCACGACUAGACCUUUACAUGACUCUUUUUAGUUUUGAAUGUUUCCAUAUUAGCAUUUGAUGUGUUUCUUGUGCUGACAAUGAAUUCUCAUCUCUAUUCUCUAUAUGCUUUGCUGGGGUAAUGUCAUGUCGAGUUUGAUAUAGCUUUUGAUGUGCUUCUUUAUUGAUGGUGUAUAACUCAAUGACGAAUUGCAG